GUGCGUGCGUAGCAGCGUCAGUGACGCAAGCGUCUGUGCGCGACUCCACCCAACGGCACAAAACAACUUUGCGAGCGCAGCGCGAGUCAUGGUGUCAAAGAGGAUCUCCUGAAGAACAAACUGCGCGAACUCUCACCAAAAGCGAAUAACAAGCUGUCGACGACCGUCUGGAUCUCUUAUAAAUUACAAAAAGUCCACUUUACGAAGGAAUUAUGCUUACCGAGUGUCGACUUUAAAGCUAGCAAAGCGCAGCUAGCUCAAGAGUUUGGCGCCGCGAACUUCACGAACAGUGGAUAUAGUGUAAAUAUAGUCGUUUAUAUAAUUUAAUACGAAGUAGUGUGAGAAAAGGAACUCUUUAAGGAUCUCUCCGAGAGUUUAUUGGGUGUGUAGUGUGUCUGUGGACGGGUGGAGAUGGCUCAGUCGCCGGUAGCUGUUCAAGUUCCUGGAAUGCAGAACAGCCGAACAGACCCUGAAGAGUUGUUCACUAAACUAGAACGGAUCGGGAAGGGCUCGUUCGGUGAGGUGUUCAAAGGAAUCGACCUACGCACUCAGAACGUAGUGGCCAUCAAGACCAUCGAUCUUGAGGAAGCAGAAGAUGAAAUCGAAGACAUCCAACAGGAGAUCACCGUACUCAGCCAGUGCGAUAGUCCGCAUGUCACCAAAUACUAUGGCUCUUACCUAAAGGGUAGUAAACUAUGGAUCAUAAUGGAAUAUCUAGGGGGAGGUUCAGCUCUGGACCUGCUGAGAGCCGGACCUUUUGACGAAUACCAGAUAGCCACCAUGCUGAAGGAGAUUUUGAAAGGUUUGGACUACCUGCACUCUGAGAAGAAAAUCCACAGGGACAUAAAAGCUGCCAACGUGUUGUUGUCUGAGUCUGGGGAGGUGAAGCUGGCAGACUUCGGUGUGGCAGGACAGCUGACAGACACACAGAUCAAAAGAGAGACGUUUGUAGGUACACCAUUCUGGAUGGCCCCGGAGGUCAUCCAGCAGUCUGCCUAUGACUCGAAGGCUGAUAUUUGGUCUCUUGGGAUCACUGCCAUUGAGUUGGCCAAGGGCGAGCCCCCAAACUCAGACAUGCACCCCAUGAGAGUGCUCUUCCACAUCCCCAAGAACACCCCACCCACCCUCAACGGAGACUUCUCCAAGACUUUCAGAGAGUUUGUGGACUCCUGUCUCAACAAAGACCCUGGAUUUAGGCCAACAGCAAAGGAACUCCUGAAGCACAAAUUCAUCGUUAAAUAUGCCAAGAAGACCUCCUACCUCACCGAGCUCAUUGACCGGCUGAAGCGCUGGAAAGCCGAGGGUCACAGCGAUGGAGAAUCGAGUUCUGACUCUGACUCGUAA